AAUUCGCCUAUACAUAGAGUGUGCAAAGAACGCGGACACAUCCGUUAACAAUCUUUGUCGCAAAUGAAUAUUUGAAAUAUUCCUUUUAUCAUGAGUUGUUUACAACGAUAGUGGUUUUUUUAUUGCACUGUUUACUUUUCAGUCAAAAAUGAUGAAUAUCAGUGAUAACGGCGAAUUUAUCUCAUUUUUUCUUAGAAUGUUUAAACAAUUCACUUUCCCACAGUAUAAAGCGUUAGAUUUCCAACUGUCACGACAGAGUAGUUGUGAAUAAAAGAAGAAGAAGAUGUUUCAAGUAAAAGUUUAUCGCUUUAUUCUCAGUUUUGUUAUUUUGGUUUUGGGUCGAUUUGCGGUUGCUGAUUUACUUCCGAUUGAUGGUUUACUUUCUGAUUUACAUUCGGUUCUGCAGGAUCCAUUAUCACAGAAACUGUGCCCAUUAAAAACGAAUGAAUUGAUCGAAUAUUACAGCUAUCUCGCGGAAGAACAUAAUGUUAUCACCAAAGAUGGAUAUAAUUUGACAAUUUUUCGGUGCAAUUCAAAAAGUAAAUCAACUUAUGAGAAGGAAGUUGUAGUCUUACAUCAUGGUAUUGUGUCAUCAUCAGAUGAUUAUUGCGUGGCAGAUCCGAGUCAUGCAUUGGCAUAUGUUUUGGCGGGUGCUAGCUAUGACGUUUGGUUAUCCAACGCGAGGGGCAAUUUUUAUUCACGACGGCAUAUCACACUAAAUCCAGACGAGAAACAAUUUUGGAAUUUUACAUGGUACCAGACCGCUCUAUAUGAUUAUCCGGCCAUUUUUGACUAUGUUAUUCAAGAGACAAACCAAUCGAAAGUUUAUUCGGUUGGUCAUUCCCAUGGUACAUAUUGGAGAAAUGAUUUUUCAUAGCGAUGAACUCAUAUUAGAAGGUUCUGGCAACAGAAAACCGAAAAAUAUACUUAUAUUGUGAUGAAA